AUGGGUGAUACGUCAUCACAAAAGCAUAGAAUUUUGAUGGUCUCUGAUUUUUUCUAUCCCAACUUUGGUGGUGUCGAGAACCACGUUUAUUACCUCUCCCAAUGCUUGCUCAACUUAGGCCACAAGGUGGUGGUGUUAACUCAUGCUUAUGGAAAUCGCUCUGGGGUUAGAUAUAUGACUGGUGGUUUAAAAGUCUACUAUGUUCCUUGGAGACCGUUCUUUAAUCAGAGUACAUUUCCGACUUUAUAUGGGGUGCUGCCAAUUAUAAGAACAAUUCUUAUUCGAGAAAGAAUUACUAUAGUGCACGGACAUCAAACAUUCUCAACACUUUGUCAUGAUGCUCUUAUGCAUGCGAGGAUCAUGGGAUACAAGGUUGUGUUUACAGAUCAUUCGCUGCAUGGUUUUGGUGAUGCUGGAAGCAUUCACAUGAACAAGGUGUUGCAGUUUACCUUGGCUGAUGUGAGUCAAGCAAUUUGUGUUUCCCAUACAAGCAAGGAAAACACAGUCUUGAGGUCAGGUUUGGCGCCAGAGAAGGUUUUCGUGAUACCUAAUGCUGUUGACACUGCUGUGUUCAAGCCGGCAUUGGAGUGGCCUGGCGGGUUUGAAAUUGUUAUUGUCGUUAUUAGUCGAUUGGUUUAUCGGAAAGGAGCAGACUUGCUUGUUGAAGUCAUUCCAGAAGUAUGCCGGUUACAUCCUAAUGUUCGAUUUAUUGUUGGAGGUGAUGGACCUAAGCGUGUGCGGUUGGAGGAGAUGAGAGAAAAGCAUUCUCUUCACGAACGUGUUGAUUUAUUGGGAGCCGUACCGCAUGCACAAGUUCGAUCUGUUCUAAUAUCCGGACAUAUCUUCUUAAACAGUUCCUUGACAGAAGCUUUUUGCAUGGCCAUAUUAGAGGCUGCUAGUUGUGGAUUGUUAACUGUUAGCACACGAGUUGGAGGUGUUCCUGAGGUUUUACCGGAUGACAUGAUUGUUUUGGCAGAACCUGAUCCAGCUGACAUGGUGCAUGCAAUCCAGAAGGCAAUAUCUAUGCUUCCUAAAAUUGAUCCUCAAGUCAUGCACAAUCGAAUGAGGGAACUCUACAACUGGCAUGAUGUCGCCAAACGAACUGAAAUUGUAUACGAUCGUGCUAUGAAGUGCUCCAAUCAAAGUCUAUUACAUCGUCUUUCACGAUACUUAUCUUGUGGAGCAUGGGCAGGCAAGCUCUUUUGCUUGGUUAUGAUCUUUAGCUUUUUGUUCUGGCAUCUACUGGAACUAUGGCAGCCUGCAGAUGAUAUUGAAGAGGUACCGGAUGUCAUUUUUUCACGCAACUGUGAUGGAGAGAUGUUGCAGAAAUCCCAACAAUGA